AUGUAUUUGAAGAAGCAUGAAUCGAAGCUUUUGUUAAUACCGAAAAAUGAAGAUAAAGAAGACGCUGGUAUCAUAGCUGUUCUCACCGAUAGAGUUCCCAGUGUACUAAUAGUUCGAUGGUUCGACUUGUUCUGCUUUGGCUUUGCAAUGUGUUCUUAUGUCUUAGACUUUUUCUCGGAUAUUGGCAUUGCUAUAUUUCAUUUUUGGGCGGGAAGACAUUUAUCUGGAGCUCUAGUCCUCACUUUUGCUCUUAUCCCAUCAGUAAUUAUCAAUAUAAUCUCUAUGGUAUGGAUGCUGGAUGACGAAAUGCAUUGGAAACGAAGAGCACAUCCUAGGAGAACCGGAACGUUUGAGUUGAACCAGAAAAGGUUCAUUUCUCUUGGAAAAAUGAUCACUCUAUGUAUUUUUCAAAUGGGUCCGUUGUUUUGGUACUACAAAGCCUUGUACUACGGUUGGAUGUUCACAAAAAACAAAAAGGAUGAUACAGACAAAGAAAAACGAAAAUUUUUCAUGAAAAUGGUGGAAGCAGAACGAGAUGCAACACUUUUGAGGUUCUUCGAAGCCUUCCUCGAAUCUGCACCUCAGCUCAUCAUUCAAGGAUCCAUUGCUGCUAACUACUUCCAGAACUACUAUAUCUCUGGAAAGUACCCAUACUGGCUCUAUUUUCAAGCUGCCUCUCUCACACUAUCAAUUAUUAGUAUUUCCUGGUCCGUUGUCGUUCAAAACCGUUCGUUACGAAUGACCAGAGAUGACAAAGUCAAUAUUUGGCCACACGAAGCAGUACUGCAGUUUUGCUGGAGAUUCCUCACGAUCUUGGCGAGAAUCAUCACACUGGUAGCGUUCGUGCUGUUGUUCGGAAUCUAUGUAGUUUUUCUGAUCUUUGGACACUUGAUAGUCACUCUGGUACACGUUAUCUUCUUACAGGCUCUCCACAUUGAAGCAUGCACACACAUCGAGAAGCUUCUUUUGCUCAUCAACGCUAUGAUUCACCUCUUCACACCGUUCAACAUGGCUGAAGGAAACACAAGAUAUCGGUAUUUAGUGGCAUAUACUGUUGAAUUCAUAGAAAUGAUGAUCAUCUUUUUACUCCUACCCACACCGCUCGAUGCAUUCCCUCUUAUCGAAAAAAUCCGAAUCGGUGUUCCAGCUACAUUUUUUAUUGGAAUCUUCAUCAUGCUGAUCUACUACAAAUUCUUCCACCCAAAUCGAAGGCAAGAUUUGGAAGCGCCAAAUGUUGAGCGCAACGAGAAGCUCGUGGUAUCCGAGCUAAAUGGGAUUCCAUCAGCUGCGAUCGAGAAAGCUGAACAUAUAGAAGAAAUCGAGGAACACUCUGUGCCAACAACUUCAGAGUCUCUCCUGGAAGAAGACGAGUGUCAUAAUUGA